AUGGCCACCGACACCAGCACGUAUAAGCUGAACCGUGAGUUGGCGCCUGACCGUUUUAGCAGUUUUGAUACUAAAGAGCUCCAACCUAGAUACUAUGCUUCGGGUGAAGGACCCGAAAAAAUCACGUACGUUAUAAUUUUCCGGCUUGCUGUUUUUCAUAAAGAAGAACCCCCCUGUUUACGAUUUGCUCUGUUUUCUUCAGUCCAAUUCUACCAAUUCCUCGGCCUAUCGCAAAUAAACAAGCUCGACUUCGAAGAAGCCAAGUUCUCGCUAUACUUCCUCGCCUACGACGGCCCCGAGUCGCUCUCCGGCACCCGCCACUGGACCGACCGAAACGGCGUGCUCGAGCUCACGCACAACUACGGAACGGAGAACGACGCCGACUAUGCCGUCUCCAAUGGCAACACGGAACCUCACCGCGGCUUCGGCCACGUCGCGAUCGCCGUGGACAACAUCGAGCUGGCGUGCCAGCGGCUCGAGGACGCGGGAUACCCGUUCCAGAAGAAGCUGACGGAAGGGAAGAUGCGGAACAUCGCGUUCGUGAAGGACCCGGACGGGUACUGGGUGGAGAUCAUCCGGCGGACGAGCGACGAGACGGUGUCUGGGGCGGUCGCGCAGACGAAUCCGAAAUCGUACCGGUUCAACCAUACCAUGCUGCGGGUGAAGAAUCCGGAGGUCAGCCUGAAGUACUACCAGGAGGUCAUGGGCAUGCAGCUGGUCAGAAGGCUGGAGAACGAGGCGGCGGGCUUUAAUCUGUACUUCCUGGGGUAUUCCGAGUCGAAUCCGGCGCGCAAGGCGGACGCGUCGAAUCCGGUGGCGGAAUGGGAAGGGUUGCUGGAGCUCACUUGGAACUAUGGGACUGAGAAGCAGGAAGGGAAGGUAUAUCACGAUGGCAAUACGGAGCCGCAAGGCUUUGGGCAUAUAUGUAUCUCUGUCGACGAUCUAGACGCGGCCUGUGCUCGUUUCGAGAGCCUGAAUGUGAACUGGAAGAAGCGGCUGACGGAUGGCCGGAUGAAAAAUGUGGCAUUCGUUCUCGAUCCUGAUGGGUACUGGAUCGAGGUGAUUCAGAAUGAAGGGCUGAAGAGCCGGAGCAAGUGGUGA